AUACCAUGAUAUAUUAAUCUACCUCACCUUGACUUGUUCCAAUAAAGGGAGAGUUUGAACCACAAAUCUAAUUACAGCCAAGUAUCUCUCUAUAUAUUCAUUCCUAAACUUGAUUAAGAAAAUUGUUUAGAAAGAAAAUCUAGAAAAGAUGGGAUUGAUGGAUAAGCUCUGGGAUGAUGUUAUGGCCGGUCCACAACCUGAACGCGGACUUGGCAGAUUCAGGAAGAUAAAAACCAAGACAAAUGGGGAAGGAGAAGGUAGCAGUAGCUUGCAGAGGUCGUUGUCGACGCCAACAAGCCCAGAAGCACCAGCAACACCAACAACACCAACUACUCCCAUGUCACCGGGCCUGGGGCCGGUGCACAGGGAUAAUGUGUGGAGGAUGACUGAACCCCGCAGCAAUCCUGCCACCAGGGGCAUUGGUUCCCAAGUGUAUGACAAACCAGAGCCCAAUUCUCCCACCGUUUAUGACUGGCUCUACAGCGGAGAGACAAAGAGCAAGCAUCGCUAAAUUUACCUUUUUAAGACAUGGGAUUGCUGGUUACCCUUGCAUGUAAAUAAUCUAUAUUUCUUCGCUUUUAUUUUUAGCCACCUGUGAAAACUCUGUUUUCCGGUCUCCAGUUACUUUUUAUCGCCAUCUAUAAAAUUUACCAGAAAAAUAAAGCUCUAUACGUGUCGUUGUAUCUAGCGUUUAAGACUUUGAAUAAGAUAUAUUAAGAUUUAUUCUUUUGUUCA